GUUGGGAUCGGAGCUCCACACACAGAGCGAGAGAGACAGACAAGCGGGGCCGAAGAAGAGGCACCCAAACUGGGAUAGACAUUUCCGGACCAUUCGCUUGCUUUCCGAAGAACAUUUAACUCGCUCCCGACAUAAGGCGGUUCUUUUUUGCCUGGUUUACGCGGCGAGGGUGACUUUGUCUACAUGUCCAUUUAACUUUUGGAAGAAUAUUUUGGAUUUGGUCACAAACUCAAGCGGGUCACUUUGGGUCCCGAAUGAAGCAAAGUUCGGAAUUGGCGGCGUGACGCUCGGUAAAUGUUGCGACAUUUUCCCAGAGAGUAGCCCGCCUGCUUCGGUGGUCGAGCGGCGGAGCAGCAGCGUCAGUAGUAGGAGGAGGAGGAGGAGGUUUGAAGAGGGAAAAAGAGCCGAGCUGUCAAAGCAGAUGACGACGGCAAACUGCCCCGGUAAUGAGGAGCUGGACUUCCGACUCAUCUUCGGGGAGGACGGCCAGCAGCAGCCGUUAGGCCCCGUAGAUCUGGAGCCUGACGACAACACAUCUUUCUACAUCUUAAACGUAGGCCAGCCCCAGUCAGUGGUCUCAAACCACCAGUCCAUUGACCUUCCCCGCCAUGGCAUGCAGUCGCACUCCCCAAUCAUCAGCACUUCCCCUCGCCUUCAGUCACACAAACACGGAUCAGUGCCACGGAGUUAUGAGCCUCAAGACUCAAAGUACGGCACCUCCCCCUUGCUCCCUUCAGCUCCGGUGGAGGCACCUAAAGCCUUUGAGUGCCCCAGUAUUCAGAUCACCUCCAUCUCCCCUGGCUGCCAGCAGGAGAUGGACGCCAAUGAACAAGAUCUGAGAGCAAAUGGCCCUGAUGGGGACUACCACAGUGAUAGGCCCCUGUCCAGAGACCACCUUUAUUUGCCCCUUGAUCAUUCAUACCGGGACUCCUCUCUAAGCCCUAGCCCAUGCAGCAGCCUCUCGUCUCGGAGCUGGUUUUCUGAUGCCUCCUCAUGUGAGUCUUUUUCGCACGUGUAUGACGAUGUUGAGUCAGAGCUUAACGAAGCAGCAGCUCGCUUCACCCUGGGCUCCCCGCUGACGUCCCGAGGCUGCACCUCACCUCAGGCUGCCGUUGGGAAUCUGGAGGAGUCGUCCCAGUGGCAGCACCAUCACCCCUCUUUUGUUCACCACUCCCACUCCAUAAAUCUGUCACCUCGACAGUCCCCCUGCCACUCACCACGCACUAGUGUCACUGACGAGAACUGGCUUAGUCCACGGCCGCCAUCUAGGCCAUCCUCGCGUCCCACCUCACCCUGCGGGAAGAGGCGCCACUCCAGCGCGGACAUCUGUUUCCCUGGCUCGGUGUCUCCACAUCACUCACCUUCACCCACGCCAGGACCUUCCCCUAGGGGCAGCGUGACAGAGGACACCUGGGCGAGCAGUCCAUCUGUAGGCAUGUCGCCUUUCCAGUGCUGUCAAUCUGAGGCCGACAUCCCACUAAAGACAAGAAAGACCUCACAGGACAGAACAGCCAUGCAGACAGCAAAAGGAGAAAUGGGGAUAGAUGACCAAGGAAAUAUGUCUCCAAAUCUAGACUCCCCCUCAGAAGAGGCCCUGCACAGCCUGAAAAAGGACGGGCCUGGGGAGCAGUUUCUCUCGGUGCCCUCACAUUUUUCAUGGAAUAAACCCAAGCCUGGACAUACGCCUAUAUUCAGGACAUCCUCACUUCCCCCCCUAGACUGGCCCCUGACAAGUCAGUUUGGCCAGUAUGAGCUGAAGAUAGAGGUGCAACCCAAAGCCCACCACCGAGCGCACUACGAGACCGAGGGCAGCAGAGGAGCCAUCAAAGCAGCUUCGAGUGGCCACCCCAUUGUCAAGCUGCUUGGCUACAGCGAGAAGCCCGUCAACCUCCAGAUGUUCAUUGGAACGGCAGACGACCGUUACUUGAGGCCACAUGCCUUUUACCAAGUGCACCGCAUCACUGGGAAAACGGUGGCCACGGCCAGCCAGGAGAUCGUCAUCUCCAGCACCAAAGUUCUUGAAAUUCCUCUCCUGCCUGAAAACAACAUGUCAGCCAGUAUUGACUGUGCCGGCAUCCUCAAGCUACGCAACUCAGACAUUGAACUACGGAAAGGUGAGACGGACAUAGGAAGAAAGAACACACGAGUACGCGUGGUGUUUCGAGUUCACAUCCCUCAACCAAACGGGAAGGUGCUGUCGUUGCAGGCUCAGUCCAUUCCUGUGGAGUGCUCCCAGCGUUCAGCUCAAGAGCUUCCCCAGGUUGAAAAGUCCAGCCUGACCAGCUGUCUGGUCAGCGGGGGAGAAGAGAUGGCUAUAACCGGGAGCAACUUCUUCCCAGAGUCCAAGGUCAUCUUCCUGGAGAAAGGCCCUGACGGACGGCCGCAGUGGGAAGUGGAGGCCAAAAUUGUACGAGAGAAAACUCAAGGAUCAUGCAUUGUGGUAGAAGUUCCUCCUUACCACAGUAAGACAGUCGGCUCAGCGGUGCAGGUGCAGUUUUAUGUCUGCAAUGGUAAACGGAAAAGGAGCCAAUCACAACGCUUCACUUACCUUUCAGUGAUGGUGAAACAGGAGCACCGAGAUGAGUUGGACCAUCCCCCUGUACUCCCCAUGUCCAUGCCCCUGGCACAUGCUGCCAGUCUGGUUCGCGCUCAGCUGCCUUCUCCUGAUCAGGGCCACCCAUCAGAUAACCUUCUGUCCACCUCCCCACAUGGCCUGGGCUCAGGCUCCAGACCUGUCCUGCUCCCCCUACAGGCUACCUGCCCCUCCUUGGGCUCCCCGUCCUUCCAGCACCUGCCUCACCUCCAGGGUCGCAGUUUGCACCACCCCCCCGCGGACUGCCACAUGACGUUCCAUCCGAGCUCCUCCCCUGUCCCCCUCCCUGCCUCAGCCUCCCGACCCUCGUACCAGACCAUGCAGCGUGGCCAGAGUCACGCUCACAGCCUGUCCUUCAAUGGCCAAUCCAGCCUGUCUCCUCAGAGCUAUGAGAGGAUGCCCUUUCAGCAAUGCCCCAUUUCCCCGUCCCACCCCAUGGGCAUGGGGAUGGUGUACUCCAACUCCCCUUGCUCCUCCCCGUCUACACCUGUGUCUUCAGCCGCAAACUCCAUUGUGGGUUCUCCGCAGAGCCAGCAACCCUUGCUUUCCCCCUCGUCCCAACAUCUUCACAACCUCGGAGGCUACCACUGCUCUCCCACACAGGUGCCCUCUCCUAGUAGCCACCCGCUACAUCUGCAGAGAGCAAUGGGCUACCACCCAGUAAGUCAACGUUCGGCCUCCUGCCCCACGCCGUCCACAGCCCCUCCUCCGCAUAUGAUCCCAUCCCCCCAAUCUGGGCCGUCGUCCCCUCAGCUCCACUCCAUGCCCUACCAGUCUCCUACCUCCUCUUCUCCAACAUCAGGUAGCAGCCCCCUGGGUCCCAUGCAGCAUCCACAUUCAGGACAGCCUUCACCUCAGGCUGCGAGCCCAGUCAUGGCCAGCUUGUCCCCGACGGCUGCUGGGCCCUUGGUUCACCCCCUGAGCCCCCAGGGGCCCUUCAACUCAGAAGGGGAGAGGUUGAACAUCAAACAGGAGCCGGAAGAGAGAGAGCCCACCUUCCGCUCUAUUGGCUUGCAAGACAUCACGCUUGAUGACGUGAACGAGAUCAUCGGCCGUGACAUGUCGCAGACCCCCAGCACUCACGGCCCCGCCCAGACCGCACACAGCCAGUCCUAGCCGUGGACCAGCCAGGUCCCGCUGGUGGACGCGAUGGGUCAUGAGGUCAUGAAGCGGCUUCAAGGUGCGCCAGUCAGCCGGGCUGAUGAGAAGUCCAACAAGAUCGGCGGACUUCAUUUCCCACAAUGCAAGGCAAACAUCAGCAAGAUAAGACUUGUCACCAAAAUCUGAACCGUCCUGCUUUCGUCACAAACUCCUGUGAAAUUUACACUCAUUUAAAAAAUUUUUUUUUUUUUACUGCUGGAAUUAUCGACACCCAACCUGCAACAUUCCACAACUAACGUAAGUCUCUGGAUUUCAUGUCCCUUCAUUACACCCCAUAAUAACUGCCUUAUUACUAUUAUUAUUAUUAUGAGCAUGUAGCAGCCCCCCCCCCCGGCUUCUCUUCUCCGUGCAAUAUUGCAGGAAUCCCCAAACAUCCCUGCCUGCUGUGCCUUAUCGAUAUUAACUUUGUCCAAGUAUUUUUAUACCUUUUCAUAAGCUACUCCAAAAAUAUUAAUAAUAAUAAAACAACAGACAACAUGAAGGAUGUGACAGAAUCUUCAUCAAAAAUAAAACAACCUUUUAAAAAGUAUUCUUUAGCGUUGACACGACUUUGACUUAUUUGGUAGAAGACACUGUCCUCUAUAGAAAUGUCAGAUUCAUAUUUAUGCAUUUCUUAUUCACAAAUAUGAAUAUUAGUUACAGUAUGAAAUGUGAAAUUUAUGAGAAAACAAUUUUCAUUUUGCAAGAAUAAAAUGCAGUCACAAUACUACAAGAUUAAACAUUUUGCCAGAAUUAAUUUAAAAUGUUAUAAAAUUGUAUUUGUUUUGAUUUGGAAUAUUAUAAAAUAUGUUUGAAAAAUAUAUAUAUUAAAUAGAAUAUCUACACACAUUACAUCAUGAGGAAGAAAAUAUUUAGUGGGAAUAUACAUGAUCAACAUUCUACAAACAAUUAGGAAUAUCAUGUCAAAUAAGUUAAAUGUUACAUGAUGAGGAAUUUAUAAAUAUAUAGUAAGAAUAUAACAAAACAUAUUUUAAUAAAAUAUGAAAAUAAAAUUAAAAUGUUAUAAGAUUAAAGUCUUGAUAUUUUUAAGAAUAUUACAAAAUAUAAAGAGUUAAUAUUGUUUUAAAGUUGUAAUUUUGCAUACACAUAAAAACAACCAAAGUAUAAUGAAAAUAAAAUAAUUUAGCAAAAGAAGUGUAAUAUUUUGUGUGACUAAAUCAUCCAUCCAAGUCAAUAUGAGAAUAAUUUGGCAUUAGAUAUUUGAUCAUUUUGACUUGGAAUAUCAUGAGAAUCAGUGGUGUUUGAAUAUAACGUGAAUAGAGUUGAAAAAUUACAACAAAGUCAUCAUUUUAGCUAUUUUGCAAAAUUAUGAGCAUAAAAUAAAAAUUUUACAAGAAUAAUAAUCUGUGAAUAAAGUAUUUACAUGUGGACAAAAAAAACGUGGGGACAAAAAGGCCAAUUAUGAGAAAAGACACAAUUAUGUGAGGAGAGUCAAAAUGUUAAAAUAUUUGUAAAACUUUGGACUUUUGAUUUUAAAUAAGUCAUAAAGUUUUGAGAAUAAGUUGUGAUCUUCCAAUAAUAAAAUACUCUAUAGUUAUAUUUCGGGAUUAAAGUUGAAAUAUGACAACAACACACUUGAAAUAUAGAUAUUAUUUUUAGAAAAUAUUUAUAAAGUUAUGAGAAUGAAAUAUUUUAACAGAAUAAAAUCUUAAUAUUCCAUAAAUAAAGUUUAAAUAUAACAUUAACAUGUUUGAAAGAAAAGAAAAAAAAUCAUGUAAGUAUUACGUGAAAAUAGUUGAUUGGUUGAAAUAUGACAAUAUUUUUUGGGAAAACCAAAAAAUAUAUAAUUGACUUUUCACAAGUUCUAACUUUUUAUUGUCGAAAAAUGUUCACCUAUUUUAUGAAAUAUAUAUAUUUUUUUUAAUUCUUAAAAAAUCACAACUUUAUUCUCAUAGUUUUAUUCCAAAAAUCCUAAUGUACAUAACAUUAAGAUUUUAUACUUUUAAAAGGAUGUUAUCCUCAUAAAUUUAAAUAUAUUAUAAUUUAAAUUAUGUAAAAAAAAUUUUUUAAAUUCCCCCUUAAAUCUGUUGUCAUAUUUCCACUCAAUUCACUGACGACUCCCACAGUAUUUUAUUCAUGCAAAAUCACAUAUUCUCACUUAAUGACGUCCUCAUACGUUCAAAGUUGGGAUAUUUGAACAAGGAAAACAUUUUUAAUUGCGUGAAUACAUUUUAAAAAAGAAAAUUACCCUUUUAGAAGAGAAAAAAAAUAUUUAUAAAACAAAAAAAUGUCAAACAUAAAAUUUUGACGAUUUUUCUUGACUUUGCCACUGGAGUGGUGAUAUAUAAGUAUUCAAAAGAUGAUAGACUGACUGUAUUUCAGUACUGCAUUAAUAACAGUGUCUUCUAUGAUUUAAGUUUAUUUCAUGUGACAAUUGAGGCUUUUUAAUGCCAUCAAAACGGCAAUAAAUAUUUUACCGUCGUCCUUUUUCCUGCCUUAAGAUGAUGAAGCUUCUAUGCAUUCACCUUCAGCCUAAUGCCUUGACACACUUUACGCGCUGUAGUGGAACACACACUUAAGCGGGUUCUAGUACACUCCCUCACUUAAGUGUGUGUGUGUACACCAAAUGUAGACACACUCCUUUGAAGCACAUUCAUUCUGGCUAUGCAAACUCACAACACGAAAAAAGAAGUUGAAUAAAACAAAAUUUAAGAUGCCUUAACUCGACAGUUGUGUGCUGUUUUUGGGCAGGACAAAGUUUUGGCUGUUGCUUUUUCUUGAGCUUAAGGGUCAACUGUAAAAAGAGAACACCAGCGUCGUCUUCUGACAUCAACCAAAGAGCGAACAAUAAAUCCAGCGUGUUGUCGUGUAUGACGAAAUAAAAAGUCAAUUCUAUUUUUGAUACUUUUUCAAAUGGAUGUCAUUCCUAAUAAAAUGUAAAGUGCAAGAGUGAAAGUGAUAGAAAUAAAUGUUACGACAAGAACCCAAAUGACACGUAGAGGAAAUGUCGACGGCCUUUCUCUGUUUUCCUUUCAUGUGUUUCUCGUCUGUAUAUGAACUCUUUUGUAAAGAACUCAAAGGGAAAUGCAGGUUUAGUUGUUGACGUUUACCAAACCUUGUAUUGUUUUCACAUCUAUUGUACAUUUGCUUUUUUUGUAAUUUUUAAAGACUGCAGUGCUUUUGGACAUUUCUUCAAAGGGAAUAAUAAACUUGCAUCAUGCUGUAGUUUCCAAAGUAGUGACUAUUAAUAAAAUGC